AUGGAAGAAGCAAUUGAUUUAACACAUUCCCAACAAGCAUCUAGAAGUACAAUAUCAGGAAGUGCAAAUGUUGAAAUCAGAAAUACAAUUGUAUCGGAAAAUCAAGGACAAGAAAAAAAUCUACGAACAGAAGUAGAAAAUGUAGUAGAACAAGUGAGUGAAUUAAAAGAACAUGAUGGAAAACAUCUAGGAGUACACCGUCAACAAUUUUUCAAACCUUUUGAUUCAUUUUCCCCUAAUCAAACUUACCAGGAAAUUGAAAGAUCUUUGGGAUCAGGAAGUGGAACUAAUACAAUGCAUCCACCAUCUGAAUCCAAUAAUUCAAGCGGGAAUUUAGAUAAAAUGCAUUAUUAUCUUUCUGACACAUUACAAAAUAUUGAUCCAGUACCCGUAGUUGGUGUAUCUGGCGGUAUGGGUGCAUUAUAUUUACUUCUUAAGUUGGAACCUUCUUUAGUGGAAGAGGACUUAGACAACGAAUCCGUACUGGAUUCGAUCAACAAUACCCAGAUUUCAUUCCAGGUUAUCAAGGAUAUGGAGAUGGAAAUUCUAGAUAUGAUCAAAUUAAUAUAG